AUGCGGGGUGCGAUUCUCCGAAUAUGCAUCAAAAAUGAUCGCGGCCAAGAGGGCUAUCACCCUUUCUAUCGUCUCAUGAUGCACAGAAUUCCAAGAAGUUCACUGAAAGGUAAAAACCAUUCUUUUUUUUUCAGUAUUUUUGAGCAUAGGAAUAAAUACGCUGUGGGCGGUUUCUACACAGCUCUUUGGUAG